AUGAAGCAAGUACAUCCUCCCAUGUCCUCAGUUUUCACCGCCCCUUCCCCGAAGGAGAAGAAUGCCCAAUCGGCCUGUCGAAAUCAUCAAAUCCCGACCAAGUCGAUGACUUGGGAGCUGUUCCCCGAGCCCCAGAAUGCCCAAUCGGCUUGUAAACAUGCCCAAAUUCCAGCCCCUCACGGAGAUUCCAGUAAGGAAGCAGAGAGAAGUUCAGAUUCAGUUAUUGGAGGGAAACCUGAUGCUGAUAAAAGUUAUUCUGGCGUUGGCUCUGAGGAAGAGGAUACAGUUGCGGAAAGUCUUCAAAAUCUGGUAGAGGUCAGGAUGCUUGCACGAAUAACAGUGAUGGGGAACAUAAGAAUGAACCUGAAGUGGAGUUUCUUGAGGAAAGUGGAUGAACUCGCCUUUCAACUUCCAGGUGUCUCCAGCUCUGAGGAAGGAGCUUCUGCUAUAGAAGGGAGCAAGAUUACUGAUUCUGAACCAGUUCACGAUGAAUCGGUGUCUAGAAGUUUAAAAGAUUCUGAUGAGCCAGUGAACUUUAAUGGAUUUGAUUCAGCAGCAGAGUUGGAGCUUCAAGCACGUGGAUUGAAAUGUGGUGGUACUUUGCAAGUACGCGCUGGAAGGCUUUUUCUGCUCAAAACUACACCUUUCGAGAUGCUACCAAAGAAGUUGUUUGCAAAGAAAUGA